UUCGACAGCAACUGGGGGAGAUACCAGCUGUUGAUUUCUUUAUUCCGUAUGUUCUUGUCCUCCCUGGAGGAGAUCAACUGCCCCCCUUCGAGAUUAGCUCUGAAGUGCUCACAGCCUCCUGAGAAGUGAUGUUACCAGUGUUAGGUCUGGCUGACUGUUAAUUAUGGUGCAGCUUCAGAGUUGGAAGAGUUUUCUUGGAAACCUUUUCGUUCCUGUUUGUGAGAUCGAUGUUGUCCUUAAUGAUGCUGAAACACGAAAACCAGCAGAAAUCAAAACAGAAGAUGGUAAAGUAGAAAAGCAUUUUCUCUUCUACGAUGGAGAAUCUGUUUCAGGAAAGGUGAACGUCUCCCUGAAGCAUGGGAAGAGACUAGAGCACCAAGGAAUUAGAAUUGAAUUUGUAGGGCAAAUUGAACUCUUCAAUGACAAAAGCAAUACCCAUGAAUUUGUAAACUUAGUGAAAGAACUGGCCUUACCUGGAGAACUGACCCAAAGCAGAAACUAUGACUUUGAAUUCAUGCAGGUUGAAAAGCCAUAUGAAUCCUACAUUGGUGCCAACGUCAGACUGAGGUAUUUUCUAAAAGUGACAAUCGUGAGGCGUCUGUCAGACUUGGUGAAGGAAUAUGAUCUGAUUGUCCAUCAGCUCGCUACCUACCCAGAUGUAAACAACUCCAUCAAAAUGGAAGUGGGCAUUGAGGACUGUCUCCAUAUAGAGUUUGAAUACAACAAGUCAAAGUAUCACUUAAAGGAUGUGAUUGUUGGAAAAAUUUAUUUCCUCUUAGUGAGAAUAAAAAUUCAGCACAUGGAGUUGCAGCUGAUCAAAAAGGAGAUCACUGGAAUUGGACCCAGCACCACAACAGAGACUGAAACCAUUGCAAAGUAUGAAAUAAUGGAUGGUGCACCAGUUAAAGGUGAAUCGAUUCCUAUAAGACUGUUCUUAGCAGGCUACGACCCAACUCCAACAAUGAGGGACGUGAACAAAAAAUUUUCAGUGAGGUACUUCUUAAAUCUGGUGCUUGUGGAUGAAGAAGACAGACGAUACUUCAAGCAGCAGGAAAUAAUUUUAUGGAGAAAAGCUCCUGAGAAGCUGAGGAAACAACGAACAAACUUUCACCAGCGAUUUGAAUCUCCAGAGUCACAAGCAUCUGCUGAGCAACCCGAAAUGUGAACUGGUCUAAGGUGAAAAACUUUGCAAUGCUUCAGCAGGUUAAAGAUGGCAGCAGCCUGUGGGAAAAGAAGGCCAAAAUUCCCAUUUACAACUGUCUUCCUUCAUCUUGCAGUGCUGCGUUUCCCAUACUACUAAAGCAUUCUUCAGUUAAAUUUCAAGUAUGUAUAUACACUUAAAAUAAAGUGCUUUCUCAAACACUGGAACUUUCUUAAGCUACUAUUUUAUACUGCACAUUUACUUUAAUUUGAUAAUGUUAUAUGCACUUGGAUAUGUGUCAGCUUAAAUCUAGUUAUUUCCAUGCAUGGUAGGCCGGUGUACUUGAUUUUUGCUGCUCACCUCUACAAUGUAGACUAAAGCAUUUCCCUUCUCUCAUGUUGUUUAUUGCAUGUUUCUUUCCGAUGUUGCUUAUUUGCAUUUGUUUUAUUUUGAAACCGCAGUAAGACACAAUUGACUAAAUCACACUAAAACUCAAUGUUUACGGUGAAUUUGUCCUAAGACUCCUAAUUACUACAUUGGACAGGGUUUAACUAAAGCUGCAUGUACAUGACUGUGAUAACUGUGGAGCCUUCAGCCACCUCACCACGGGUUCUAAGAGGCUUCGAAUCUGUCAGUAGCAAAGAAUGGAAGCAUCUUUGCCCUCCCUCCCUCAGUUCUCUCUCUACCAAACUUCUCUAAGCCUUUCACGGGAGUCACUCCUGACUCUUGGGGGUUCAUUGUCCAGUAAUUAGUGACUGUGCAGGUAUGUUGUUAUGAGUUCACCUUCAGGUGUUGAGCGGUGAAGUGUUUGAAAGUAGUUGUCUCUUACUGACGAAGUAAAUGCUGGUAACACUGAUUUUUUUGCAAAUACUGUGUUUCCUCCCGGCUUCAUGAUCCCACUGUCUUCACAGUCUGUCUCCCUAACUGUCUGACAGGAGAGGCAAAAAGUCCUCCAAGGACAUCCUUCCAGGAUUGUUAGAGGGCAAAUGAGCCUUCUGUGGUCUUCUGGAAAGGUAUUUGGAAGCCAGGCCAGCCUUAAAACUUAGAUGCUUGCCUGGCACAGCAGGUUGUUUAUCUUUCUCAUCAUCUCAUGGGCAUUUAGUGUUUGAAGAAGUAGCUUUAAGGAGUUAGCCAGCCUUUGUUCACAGCAGAGCCUGGGCUCUGUCCCAGACAGGCCUGGGGAGAAACCAGAGCCUGCUGUGGGGAAGGCGACUUGAACUUGGGGUUCACUUGGCCUUUAGGGUGAACGCCGGUGCAAGUGUCAUUGGUAACCUUACUUUAUGAGUAAGUGAAUAAUCAAAUUACAUUUCUGUAAGAACUGUUUUAUUACUGUGGCACUUUGAUAAAGCAGAGACUCUGUGUACUUUACGCCAGGAUACUCCUAUCGUGGAUAUCUCUGGCCGAGAGCAAAUCCAACUCCCUCAUGUAAGUGCCUGUUCAGAAACUUAAAAGAAUAAAGUAAAAAAAAAUAAAAUAAAAAAAGCCAAAUAUUUUCAUGGUCACUUGCAUGUCGUAAAACUUGGAAACGAUGAUUUUGAAAAUCCUGAUUGUAUUUAACCAGCCUCAGAUUGCGAACCAUGUGUACGGAGCAGGGGAGCCCUCCUGAGCUGCAAUUUGAACUAUUAAACAGCUGCAUUCUCACUAAA